AUGUUAUCCAAGCUCGCCCAAGGAGCCCCAGAGCAUAUUUCAAAAAUAGCCCGAAUUGAAGAUUUCAAGAGGUCGAGCCUGGACGCCUACUCGGUCCUACCUGUGCAGACCCGACCUCCCUGCUGGUCGGAUCACCUCGAGGAGUAUAAGAAGACAGGUGUGCUACCUCCUGACGAGGUCGACGUGAAGUUGGUGAAGCGACGAGCUCCUAUGUAUGUGAUCAUGGGAGACACACUUUACAAGAGGUCCUACAACGGCGCCUUGCUGCGAUGCAUGUACCCAGACAAGGCCAGGUCAGUCAUGGAGGAGAACCACGAGGGGACCUGCUUCGCCCACCAGGGGGCCUUCACCAUGUCCAGGAGAGCCAUCUUACAGGGGUACUUUUGGCCGAAAAUGGCCAAGGAGUGCGCCGACUACGCCAGGAGUUGCAAGACCUGCCAGCACUUCCAGCUCAUUACCAACAACGGACGCCAAUUCGAGGGGCAAGAGUUCAAGGGGUUUUGUGCAGAGUGGCACAUUACCCACAACUGGGUGGCCGUGUGCUACCCUCAAGCAAAUGGGCAGGUGGAGAAUACCAACCGCACCAUAGUAGAUGGCCUGAAAAAGAAACUGGAAUCCGUGGGGGGAGAGUGGGUCGAAGAGCUCGACGCCAUUCUUUGGGCCUAUCGCACCACCCCCCGGAGGGCCACUAGGGAGACACCUUUUUCCUUGGCCUACGGUUUUGAAACCCGAGCUCCAGCAGAAGUAGCCAUACCUUCCCGGCGGGAGGAGGACUACGACCCCGACACGAACGAGGAGCACCAUAGAGCCGACCUCCACCUAAUCGACGACAGGCGCGAGGCAGCCGCGAUCCGAGCUGAAAACUAG